ACAGACCCUGGUUCGCCGUCCUGCUGUAAGAGUCGCUUAAUGAUUGGCCGGCAGCGGGAGCUCCUGUGAAACCUGACUAUCUAUUGGUUGCAGCAUGUUGAGACUCUGGCGAGCACGACGUCUCUCCUCUAUUGUUAUUGUGGCGUGCGCGUGUGGAACGGGCAGGAUGCGCGAGGAGACAGCGGGGCCGUUAUGAUAAACAGCAGCGAACACCGAGCUCGCGAAGUACAAACAUAUGAGAAAUAAACAGAAGCCGGUUAUAUCCAAGGAUAUCUGAGAGCCAUCUGCCGUGUGAACACUAAGCCCCACACAGGGCUCAUCCAAAGGAGUGUAAACACACACGGCAGCUGCGGUCAGCCCAGACAGCACGGAGGGAGCUGUCGGAGACUCCGAGGUCUGACUGUUUUACUUCUCCUCCCCUCUCCGGCUAAUGUGGACUGAUUCAGAGCUGGGCCAUCACGAUGCCAAUGAAGUUUCUGGUCACUCAUUGGCUGACCAACUUAAUACCAGCAGCAUCAUGUCAGUGAACCCUCCAAGCAGCAAUGACGCCUGUCUCAGCAUCGUCCACAGCCUCAUGUGCCACCGGCAGGGUGGAGAGAACGAGGGCUUCGCCAAACGUGCCAUCGAAAGCUUGGUGAAGAAGCUGAAGGAGAAGAAGGAUGAGCUGGACUCGCUCAUCACUGCCAUUACCACCAAUGGUGUCCAUCCCAGCAAGUGCGUCACCAUUCAGAGGACACUGGAUGGACGGCUGCAGGUGGCUGGGAGGAAAGGUUUCCCUCAUGUGAUUUAUGCAAGGCUGUGGCGCUGGCCUGACCUCCACAAGAAUGAACUCAAGCAUGUCAAGUUCUGCCAGUAUGCCUUUGACCUGAAGUAUGACAAUGUGUGUGUCAACCCCUACCAUUAUGAGAGAGUAGUCUCUCCAGGCAUCGUUGGUCUCAGCCUUCAAAACACAGCUGCACCAAUCGGCCUCAUAAAAGAAGAAUACAUCCAUGACUGUAUACAGAUAGACCUUCCACCUGGCUUGCCUCUGUCUGACCAUCAAACAGCCUUGAAGCUGCCUCUUCCAGACCACUAUGGUCAACCCCUGCCUCCCCAGCAGCUGUCGUCUGAGCCCCAUGGACCCCCAUCUGUCAGCAGAUACACUAACCUGCCUGUUUCCCCCAAAGUGACCUGCUCUGGUUCCAUGCUGCCACUACAGGGCGGUCACAGUGAUGGCCGACUCCAAACUGCAUCCCCACAGGCUCAAGUCAUGACCCCAGCACCACGACCUCCGACUCCUACCCAACCCCUACCUCAGCAGCAGGCUGCCCAGCAACCCUCACAGCCCCCCCAUAACCAACAACCCUCCCUACCUACUUCUCACUCACAUGGAAAGAACGGAUACAGCAGCAGUAAACACUCUCAGAGCCAGGCUGUCUUCCACACCGUUUGGACAGGCAGCAGCACAGCCUCCUACACUCCCAUAGGACCGCCGCAGAAUGGGCGUAAUCUCCAACAACCUCCCCUCCAUCACCCAAACCAUCACUGGUCUCAGCAUCACGCCUCAAACUCUUUCCCCCCUGUGGCCAAUCAUCCAGCAGGACCAGAGUUUUGGUGCUCUAUCUCCUACUUUGAAAUGGACGUUCAGGUGGGAGAGAUGUUUAAGGUGCCCUCCAGCUGCCCUGUUGUGACAGUGGAUGGUUAUGUUGACCCGUCGGGAGGCGAUCGCUUCUGCCUCGGCCAGCUGAGUAACGUUCACCGCACAGAUGCCAGUGAGAGAGCUAGGUUACACAUAGGUAAAGGCGUUCAGCUGGAGUGUCGUGGUGAGGGGGAUGUGUGGAUGCGCUGUAUGAGCGACCACGCUGUGUUUGUGCAGAGCUACUACCUCGACAGAGAGGCAGGCCGAGCACCAGGUGAUGCGGUGCACAAAAUCUACCCGGGAGCCUAUAUCAAGGUGUUUGACCUGCGACAGUGCCACAGACAGAUGCAGCAGCAGGCAGCAACGGCUCAGGCUGCAGCUGCUGCACAGGCAGCUGCUGUGGCUGGAAACAUUCCUGGUCCAGGCAGUGUUGGAGGCAUUGCACCUGCAGUUAGUCUGUCUGCAGCAGCGGGGAUCGGUGUGGACGAUCUCAGGCGACUGUGUAUCCUGCGACUCAGCUUUGUGAAAGGCUGGGGGCCUGACUACCCUCGCCAGAGCAUCAAACACACCCCCUGCUGGGUGGAAGUCCACCUGCACCGUGCUCUGCAACUUCUGGAUGAGGUGUUGCACACUAUGCCAUUGGCAGACCCAGGGCCUGCUAACUAAAGACCAAGACAGCAUUCAAAUUCCAAUCAGGAUUCUCUGAAUGUGUGCACACAGACACACUAUUGGAUUAUUUUCUUCAAGCCAAAUAUGCUAUAUGUCUUGAUACACACAAGUUAUUUAAGUUAUUUGUCAGAAACACACAGAAGACAAAAAUGACCAACAACACAUUAUGCUUGUAACAAUCAAUGCACACAUCAUUCAUGCUGUCUCACAGACAUACACACACAUGCACAAACACACUGAAACCCAAUGGUCUGUAGCUGCAACUCAGACAUACAAGUGUGAUAUCUUUGGGGUUUUUCUAAUGCUUUACUAUCUAAAGUCAAGUGCAAAUUAGUUAGAUCUGUGAAGGUUAAGAUUUUGAGUUUGUCUUCUGACCAGUGUGUCUCUGUACUGAAGAAAGUGCACUGUACAAAUGCAGGGAUGCGUUUCAGAAAUCCAGUUUUCCAAUAUGCAUUUUGGAUUUCUACUAAUUGUAGGAGUGUUCUGCACAUGCACUCAUGGAAUAGAUAAACAUUAUGAUAUUAUGUAUUCCAGGAGGCCACAACACUCCAGGACAGAUAAAUGCAUACCUCUGCAAAAGAAAAAGUCUAAGUGAUCCAAACAGUGUUUCAAUUCUCUUCAUGUCUUACUAACAGCAGAAGUGAUCUAGAAGUGUGUCUUAGGAAGCCAGUGUUAAGUCAACUGUGUGCUUGUACUGCGCUCUUCACUAUGUCCAUCUCAACUCAAAAUGUUAGCCCUCUUAUUACGCUCAGCUCAGACUAUAUUAUUUUUGUACCAAAAGUCUAAAAAGCCAAAAAUAUUUAGCUGUGAAGUAGUUUUGUUGUUUUCCAGUGCUACCCUGUAUGUAACCAAAUGCUUGGUAGAAAUCACCAAAGCCAGAAUACCUCAUUACUACAGUGCAAAAUCACAGUUCAGUUUUCUGCUUUGUUCAACAUUGACAGACUAAGCUCAGGUCAGUCUGAGAGGGUAUGUGAGGUCAGACACUGACUGUAAUUUGUGAAUAGGUAACUCUAAAGAUUGACAGCGGAGUGGACUUGUCAAAGAAGUUUCUAGGUACUUCUGGUACAAACUCGAGCCUGUGCAUGUGACACCAGUGCCUUUCUGUUCUCUGGUCUGAUCUGUUUGGAUCAUCUCCUGCAGACAUGUCACUAGCAGUUCAUCUUAAAAGGGAAUUCCACUAUUUUUCAACAUAGGCCCUUUGUUGAUAAAUGUGGGUUUGUAAAUGAAUGGUACUUAAAAAAUAAAAUUGGAAAAAGUCCAGUAGUGUGCCUCCACCUGCAGCCAAAACUUGAUAUUGGCUAUAAUCUAAACUUGUGGUGCAACUGCGACAGUCCAUACAUUUUCACAAAUAAAAUGCUCAAAUUGUUGAGUCUAGCAACAUUACACUGCUGCUUGACCCUUGCCAAAUACCCAGAAUUAAUGAGAUUAAAUGAAAAUUCUAGUUAAAUGUCAUGAGGUGAUGUACACUUCGAAGGACACAUUGACUCUCCUGAGGUUGACACCAGAUCUGACAGUUUAAUCAAUGUCAAAAUAUCUCAUCCAUACUGUACCACAGUGGCAACAUGGACUGUUGAUCUAGAUCCAGAGGUGUAGAGAUGAUUAGUGAGAUGACUCAUGUAGUUUGGAUCUGUCCGGAACCUGAGACAUUAAUCAUCCAAUGCCGCUGCAUUGCAAGGACCAGCCAUUAAGACAUAUAUAUAUUUGUGAUUUUUGCCUUUGGUUGUCGUAGAUGCACCAACACUGGAUUGUAAGAAGAUUGAUGUUGCACAUUGUGAUUUGGUUUUCAGCUGUUCAGAAUCUAUGAUGAUAUUCUGUAGUCCCCUCAGGUAUCUGUAGCUCAUCAAACUUAACGUAACGUAGUUUUGUUAAUUGCCUUAGUCUUUAGUGAGUGUAGAUAUAUGAUAUGGCUCUAUCUUAAUCUUAGCAUGAACGCCACAACUAGAUUUCAUGUUUAUCUGCUCUCCUCUGCCCAUAUUCAGGGAUAAUGGUCAAGCAGGCUUGCUCACAUAAGGAGCAAAUUUACCAUCAUCGUAGUCUUCAUUGUCCUGAUCUCUCUAUAUUCAAUUCACCCGUUCAGUUUGUGCAUCACAUUGAUUUGAAUGACCAACGUCAGCAACUUUAUCAAACCACUGCAGAUUUAAAUUCUGUUUAUGAAAAUGACCUGGUUUGAAAAUCCAGAGUGAUCUGAUCAGUGUUCAGCCCUAAAUACAUGUAUGAAUGCACCCAAAUGCUUCCUCAAUGGGUCCUGAGAUCCAAUCAGUCAGAUCACAUUCAGGGGCUUUUAUUGCUGUAUGAACACAAAUGUAAUCAAGGCAACAUAUGAAGGUCCGCCUACUCAGCGGAUGUCCACUGACCCACUAAAACUUUAGGAUGAAUUUGAUUGUAUUGUUAUUCUUCUCAAAGCUAAUACAUUGAUAUGUGUUUUGGGCCAAAAAUAUAAUCCUGAACUGAGGCUAUGGUCAAGCUUCAGCUCUUGUAUGAAGCAGUAAAGUGGUAAAUCUCAAUUUCCUUCAUGGAGUGAGGAUGAGGACAAGAUCUCGAUCAUUGGAUGACUAUGAAGUAUGAGGUAGUGCAAAUCUAUUUUAAACUUAUUUGAAAGAGUUGCACAUUUGGAUCAAUAGAUGAAUAGAAGUGAUAAAAAGCACUUGUAGGGGGAAAUUUAGCGUUUUCUUUAUUCAUCACAUCCUUGGUGUCUGAAGACCUUUACAAAAACAAAAGCUGGUCCUGGCUCAAGUGCAUUUGGAGCAUAUCUGGAAAUGUUCUAGAAUAUGUUUCAAUCAAUCAAUCAAGCAACUAUUCAUAAAUCACAAUUGGUCUCAUGGUGUUUAAGAUUAAGAUUAAGAUGCAUUUAUUAGUCCCAAACACAUGCACAGACAUGCACAGGCACACUCAUGCAGGUAGGGAAAUUUAAUCUCUGCUUUUAACCCAUCCUGUGCAGGACACACAGAGCAGUGAGCGACCAUGUAGCCCUGAGAGUGAGGAAUAACUACCCCAAAAACCAAAGGAAUUUUUAACUCUUCAGUCAAGGACUGACCUUUUUUCUUUCUUAACAAUUAUUGUUUUCAUCAGUCUAUUUAGUUUGCGUAUAGGCAGACAAAUAAAAUACAGAAGUAAUCAAAAGGUCAGAAAAGCGCUAGUAGGUGAAGCAUUUAUGUGCAGGUUACUGUUGGUUAUCGUCAUGGCAUUCACUAAGUCAGGACUAAACUUUAAGGCUCAAGUUCUGAAAGUGACUUGUUUCUCCAGCCUUGUAUGUAAGCACAGUCAUGAUGACUGUAAGAGGGACCACAGCUUUCUUGAUCACAACCUUUAUAUCUGCUCUCAGCAGCUAUGCUAGUUCUACAGCAUCACAUCCUCACCCAAGACUGUAGAAGCCCUAACCAUUACACAGAGCUUGUCUAUGAAGUGUGAAGUGUGUUCGUGCAUGAACUGAAGCUGUUUCUCUUAGUGUUUAUGUCAUGCAUUUGAUAUGCUUGGGAGAAGAUGAAUGUUUAAAACAGAAUGCACAGAGAAAUGCAACAGCUUUAGAAAUCGGUUUGGGUUAAAUAUUCUAAUAUGUAAUUCAUGCAUUUUUUUAUCUAAGUAUAAAUGUUCUGGAAACAUUGUGGAACAUUUAUGGAUUUCAUCCCAAACCAAAACCAAUGAUGAUGCAUUUAUCAUUCAAGACAGAUUUUUAAUUUGAGACGAUUGGAUCAACACACACCAUACCAUUUAAGUGACAUUACAUGGGUUUAGCUGGACACUUAAAAAGGUCUGAAAAAUAGGUAGUAAAGAACUGAAUUUGGCUAUAUUACAAUAUUGUUAUUAUUAUUUUGGAGUUAUUUCGUUGUGAACACGUGCUGCUCUUGUAAUGUUGACUGGAUACUAAAGUAAAAUAUUCAAACAUCA